AUGGCAAGGAGGUACUUUCGGGACGCGGACUUAAGUGUGCAAGACUUCUUUACGGAGAUGGAGAAGAUUUUGCCUAAUAUAACCUCUCCUGUGGACCUCUUGAAUACCUCGGCAGGGCCGUCCUUCAUCUACAAUAUGCCGGACAACAUAGGCUCUCCUGCAGAGAUGCCUUCCGGUCCAGAUGAUGUAGCGGUCGACCAGGAGCAUCGGGAUUCCUUGGAUAGUCAUCCCUCGUCAGGAGACGCAAAUGGGACUACUACUUCAGGAACCAACACGACAGAGUCCUCACGGGGUUUUGAAGACGUGGAGGGUCUGACAACCAUCUACAUGGAUGUGCUGUACCCAACACCUGAGGUCGACGUCGAAGUUUCUAUCGAUUUGACCCCAACUGAUGCCCCAUCCACUUCUAGGAAGAAACUGGAUGCAAGUGUUCCCUAUAUCCACGUCACACUACCCGAUCCUCAAUUUGACCCGGAUAACUAUCCGUACUAUUCAGUCAUAGGGAAGGUUUUAGUCAAACCCUUUUUUGAAACGAGAAGAGGACACUUGUCGACUUUAGAAGCUGCUCUUCGACAUACUAUUCGUGCAAUCUAUAAGACGGAAUUGGAGGCGGCUAAGAAGAUCAUUGCCGGUUUAGGAGCCGAAGUCUCUAAUCUUCGUCAACUCAACGAAGACCACGAAUGGUAUUGGGAAGAUCAUCUUAAAAAUGCCAUAAAGAUGGACAAUUUAAGCAACCAAAGGCUCGUGGAGGUAGAGGCUAACCUCCGUAAGCAAAAGAGGAAUAACGGCCAAACUACACCAGAUCCGGAAGACUUUUUACCCCGGACUUAUUACGAGAGCGUCCUCUCUCACCUCCGAAAGGCAUAUGCCUUGGUCGCCAUUCGGUGGAGCAGGUCGUCUGAGAAGAUUAAUAGUCAGAGAGAUUAUGUGGACCGUCUUUCAUCAGCCUUGCAGCAAGUUGUCUCCGAUUUUAUAGAAUUGGGAGGCACAUUCAAUCCAAAGACACAGUGGCUAGAUGGUUGCGACGCGAUGAAAGACAUGUCCGUUUCUCCGAUCGCAGAGGCCAAGAAAAAGAUAUAUGAGGAUGACGCCUUAUUCUAUGGACUAGGCUGCGCCGGUGACGAUGACGGUGGAAUCUGUGUGCUUGGUGAUGAGCAAGGAGGUGCUGGUUUAUUGAGGAGCUGGGGUGGUUUUGGAGAUGAGGAGCUCAAGGUGUGUGUUGAUGGUGUUGCUGCUGGUGGAAUUUUCUUGGCUCUUCGGUGA